AUGGAACAGACUUCUCAAGAAGAGGAUGAUUCGUUUAAUUUAUUAUCAAGCAGCACUAUUGACACAGACAUUGCCUUUUUCCUUGCCAGCAUCUAUGGUGUUGUAUUCUUACUGGGGUUGCUGGCCAACACUCUGCUUCUGUGGGCAAUAUGGCCUCAAGUAAAGAACAAAGAAAGUAUUGCCAGUUAUGUGGUCAAUCUGAUUUGUGCAGCACUUCUAGAAUCUGUGACGUUACCCUUUGGGAUAGCCUACCUUAUCUACAGCUUACAACUACCCUCAGUGGCCUGCUCCUUUGUUUAUGUUGUUCCAACAAUUUCCCAGAGGAUUGGAGCUACAUUUGUAGUUCUUAUAUUUGUCAUACGAUAUGUGGCAGUGAAUCGUCCACUGAAGUAUCAUAAGUUCUGCUCCCGAUGGGUCUGCAGUUUUGUCAGCAUUUUUCUAUGGCUCAUAAUUAUUUCCAUUUCAAUAAUUGAAAGGCUCAUUGCUCCAUACAAUGCAAAUCUAUGCUUCCCGGACUUCAAAGUGGCACCACAAUCGGCUUUGUUUGAUCUGAUCUUCUCCUUGAUCUUUGGACUACUCCCAUUGAUCCUCCUUGUCAUUUUCUGGUACCUUAUUUCACGAGCUUUGAAUAACUCUCCUUCAGUUCCCACUGGGCAACGUAGAAGGAUAAGCAUUUUACUUUUGCUGGUGGUGAUUGGGUUUUUUGUUCUAUAUGGGCCCUUGACUGGAGUCAGGGUAUACCUCAGUAUUCUUUUGUUGCUUAAUUACACACAAUAUCAAGUUACUGUUGACCUUAUCCUAAUCUACCAGCUAAUGUUUGCUCUUAAUAGUCUCUGUAUAGGGUUUGCUCCUCUCUUCUAUUUCUUCAGCUCUAGUGGGGUCAAAGAAAGGAUAACAGGACUUUUUAGAAAGAAUCAGAAAUCUUCAACACCCAGAUGA